AAAAAAUUUUCAUUUUGAAUAAUAAUAAUGUCAUCUGUAAAAGUAGCCGUACGUGUACGGCCAUUUAAUAAACGUGAAAUUGGAUAUGGAUGUAAAAAUAUCAUUUCAAUGUCUGCUAAAACGACAACAAUAUUGAAUCCAAAAAUUGAAAAUCAAUUGAAAACAUUUACAUAUGAUUAUUCAUAUUGGUCACAUGAACCGAAUGAUCCGAAUUUUAUUGAUCAAUGGAAAGUAUAUAAAGAUAUUGGUGAAGAAAUGUUACAGCAUGCAUUUGAAGGUUAUAAUGUUUGUAUAUUUGCAUAUGGACAAACCGGUGCCGGUAAAUCAUAUACAAUGAUGGGUGCACGUGAUGAAGAAGGUAUUAUACCACAUCUUUGUCGUGAUCUAUUUGAUCGUAUCACUAGCGAUGAUCAACAAGAUGAUGAUGAUGAUGAGAAUGAAACAAUGUAUUCAGUUGAAGUAUCCUAUAUGGAAAUCUAUUGUGAACGUGUACGUGAUUUAUUGAAUCCAAAAAAUAAAGGACCAUUACGUGUUCGUGAACAUCCAGUGCUUGGACCAUAUGUUGAAGAUUUAAGUAAAUUGGCCGUUACAUCAUAUGAAGAUAUACAUGAAAUUAUUGAUGAAGGAAAUAAAGCACGUACAGUUGCGGCUACAAAUAUGAAUGAAACAUCAUCAAGAUCGCAUGCUGUAUUCACAAUAAUAUUGACGCAAAUGAAACAAGAUCAAAUGACUGGAUUAUGUUCGGAGAAAGUAUCGAAAAUAUCAUUAGUUGAUUUAGCCGGUUCAGAACGUGCUGAUUCAACCGGUGCACAAGGUACACGGCUAAAAGAAGGUGCCAAUAUAAAUAAAUCAUUGACAACAUUGGGUAAAGUUAUCUCCGCUUUAGCUGAAUUGUCAUCACAAGAUCCAGCCAAGAAAAAGAAAUCAAAGAAAACCGAUUUUAUACCAUAUCGUGAUUCCGUUCUUACAUGGUUAUUACGUGAAAAUCUAGGCGGUAAUUCAAAAACGGCAAUGAUUGCUGCCAUAUCACCAGCUGAUAUUAAUUAUGAAGAAACAUUAUCAACAUUACGUUAUGCAGAUCGUGCUAAACAAAUAAUGUGUGCGGCCAUUAUAAAUGAAGAUGCAAAUGCAAAACUGAUACGUGAACUUCGUGAUGAAAUUGCUCGGCUUAAAAAUAUCUUACGAGCUGAAGGUAUUGAAUUGGAAAAAUCAAUGAUCAUGAUCACCAGCGAUGAUAAUCAACAACAUCAUCAUAAUCUUCAAAAACAACAACAACUACUACAACUACAACAACACGAUGAUAAUAAUCAAGCUGAUGAUCGAAUUAAUAAUAAUGAUAUCUUUGAUAAUAAUGAUCAUCAUCAAACAACUACUGUUGAUCAUCAAAUUGAUAAUCAUCAUGGUCAUCCAAAAUUGACACGUGGUUCAAUGUCGGUAACCGGUGAAAAUGUGAUUGAACAAUUACAUGAAACAGAAAAACUCAUGUCUGAAUUGAAUGCAACAUGGGAAGAAAAAUUGAAACGUACCGAAGAGAUUCGUGCACAACGUGAAGCUGUAUUGGCUGAAAUGGGUGUUGCAAGACGUGCUGAUGGUGAUGCUGUUGGCGUUUUCUCACCAAUCAAUACACCACAUCUUUUGAAUCUAAAUGAAGAUCCAUUAAUGUCUGAAUGUUUGCUGUAUUAUCUGAAAGAUGGUGAAACACGUGUUGGACAAGAUGGUGCACGUAUUGCUCAGGAUAUUCGUUUGUCUGGAACAAAUAUUCUUGUUGAACAUUGUAUAUUUGAAAAUCGAAAUGGUACAGUAACAUUGAUUCCAUGUUCAACAGAAGCUCUAUGUUUUGUUAAUGGUCGAAGAGUAGAAACCGAUCAAGAAUUACGUACUGGUGCACGAGUUAUCCUGGGAAAAUAUCAUGUCUUCCGUUUUCAACAUCCAGGUCAAGUUCGUGAAUCUAGAUCAAAAGAUCCAAUACAAGACAACAAUUUGAUAACAACAACAUAUAGUAAGCAGCAGCAGCAACAACAACAACAACAGCAAGCUGUAGAUUGGACAUUUGCACAAAUGGAAUUGCUAGAAAAACAAGGUAUUGAUUUGAAAUUAGAAAGAAAAAAAUUAUUACAACUUGAAGAACAAUAUCGACGUGAAAAAGCUGAAGCUGAUUUAACAUUUGAAGAAGCGAGAAAAAAUUAUGAACAAACAAUUGAACGACUGCAGAAACAGGUGGAUGAACAAUCAAUGACCAUGUCACAAAUGUUUUCAUCAAUGCAUCAUUCUGGACAUUAUCGAUUCGGUGGUGAUAAUAGUAGCGUAAGCGGUUGCGAUGAUGAUGAUGAAUGUUCUGAAGCUGAACAUCGACGUCUAUUUCCAGAAUCGGAUUCAAUAUUUUUCCAGAUGGAAUGUGAAACACCAUUAACAUGGUGGCAAGAAUCUGUGGCCCGUAAAGCGUCAUUAAAAUGGCGUUUUCAUCAAUUCACAUCAUUACGUGAUGAUUUAUGGGGCAAUGCUAUAUUCUUGAAAGAAGCAAAUGCAAUGUCCGUAGAAUUGAAAAAACGUGUUCAAUUUCAAUUUGUUAUACUCACGGAUACAAUAUAUUCACCAUUACAUCCGGAUUUAUUGGCCGAUUAUCGUGAUCAAUUUCAAAAUCAAAAAAGUUCCUUAGAUCUGCACUCAGAUUCUGGUGUGGCUAUCACUGCAGCUACCACCACCACCACCACCACGUGUUCCACAACGAAUGAUAAUCCAUUUCCACGAACAAUUGUUGCUGUUGAAGUGAAAGAUCAAAAAAAUGGUGCCACACAUUAUUGGUCAUUGUGUAAAUUAAGAAAACGUUUAGAAUUAAUGCGUCAAGUAUAUGCAAAAUAUGCUGAAGAAUAUUCAGCAACAAUUGCUGCCGCUUCUGCUAAUGCAACUGUUUCUUCUUCAUCUACCACAACUGGUAGUUUGCAACAUUCAUCGUUAUCAUCAUCAUCACAUUUGAAUGGAACGAUACCAUCAAAUUCAACCAACAGUGGUGGUGGUACUGGUGUUACUAUUUACCAUGCAAACAGUAUCAAAAAUGGAACAGUAGAAACAGAAACAAGUGAUCCAUUUUAUGAUCGUUUUCCUUGGUUUCGUUUUAUUGGUCGUGGCUUGAUGUUUGUACAGAAUCUAUUAGAACAAUGUUCAAUUACACAAUGUAUAUCGAUUGCAAAUGAAAAAGGUGAUGUAAUGGGCUAUUUAAAAGUGUCCAUACAACCGAUAACAGAAGAAGAUUUAGCAACAGCAAUCGAUUCGGGUAAAUCACCAAAAACACAACAACAUGCUAGGAUUGAUUUCGUCGAUGAUGAUGUACAAUUGAUGGAGAUAAUUGAACGUGGCCGAUUACAACGACAAUUAUCGCGAUUAAUAUCCAAAACAAAUGAAAAAAAUGCAAAAUUAUCAUCAUCAUCAUCAUCAGGAGUUCAUAAAGAAGAAGAAAAAGAAACGGAAGACGAAAACGAUACGGAUGGAAAAAACCUAAGAAAUGAUUCCAUCAUGAUUCCUGUUCAUUUAAAAUUGAAUGAAGAUUUUAUGUUUCGUGUUUCUAUCAUUCAACUUUAUGGGCUAUCCAAAUCAUAUGCUGAUGUUUUUUGUCAAUUUAAUUUUCGUCAUCUUUCACAGGAAGCAUUUUCAACGGAAUCGGUAAAAAAUACUGCAGGUAAAAAUGGUCGUUCAGCUGGUUUUUAUUGGUCACAAAACAUAUCGGUACGUGUAACACGUGCAUUCAUCGAAUACCUGAGGCAAGAACCGAUAAUUUUCGAAUUAUAUGGCCACUAUCAACAUCAUCCAUUACAUCGGGAAGCAAUAUUUGGCGUUGAUGCUGCUGGUAACGUCGGUAGUAAUAAUUGGCCAUUUCGAAACAACAAUACUGCUGGAAACAAUAAUCAAACAUCUAGUAUGAAUCAAAAUCAACUUGGAUUACCACGUCCACCACCUAAACGAAUGCAAUUAACAUCAUAUCUACCAAUGUCAACACCGAUACGUUCACCACGAUUUACACCUGGUUUGGUAAAUGAAUGGCAAAUCAUGGCUUCUCGGGUUACAUCAGCAUCUACGUCAUUGGUACAUUCAAAAGUUGAUUUAAUUGUUUGGAUUGAAGUAUGUGAACUGACACCAGAUGGUCAAUAUCUACCGGUAGUUGUUGAUCAUAAUGAUGAUACACCAUGUCGUGGAACAUUUCUACUACAUCAAGGAAUUCAACGACGUAUUCGUGUUACUAUUAUGCAUCAUCCAGAUUUUGAUGUUCAUUUUCGUGAUCUUCGUGAACUGGUUAUUGGUCGUGUUCGUACCCAUUUGGAUUGUUCAGAUUUUGAUGAUGAAAAUGAUUCAUCCGUUUUAUCAUUAUCAUUAUUUUUUUCCGAACAUUUGGAACAAUUGGAAGAUGGUCGUGUACGUUUUCGUUAUGAGGCAGCAUGGGAUAGUUCACUGCAUAAUUCUUUACUGUUGAAUCGUGUAACACCUGGUGGUGAACGUGUUUAUCUUACAAUGUCAGCAUAUUUGGAUCUAGAACGUUGUAGUCAACCGGGAAUUCUCACUAAAGAUUUAUGUGUCAUGAUUUAUGGUCGUGAUUCACGUACAAUUCCAUCAUUAUUAACCGGUGGUUCACAUGGUUCCGGACUUUCGACACGUGUAUUGAAAAAUAUACUAACCGGUUCCUAUAAGAAUGCUGAAUUGAAUCAUAUAAUGGCUAUAUUUGAAUUAGUAUUACGACGAUCAUUAGAAGCUGGUUCACCAGGAGUACAACGUCGUCAACGACGUGUAUUGGAUACAUCAACAAUGUAUGUACGUGGACAAGAAAAUCUUGGUGGUUGGCAACCACGUGGUGAUUCUUUGAUUUUCGAUCAUCAAUGGGAAUUGGAAAAAUUAUAUCGAUUAGAAAUGGUUGAACGUUGUCGUCAUCGACUAUUGAUUCGUACAGCUAAAUCAACGGCAUUACAAAAAUCAUUUGAUGAAGAUGAAUUAAAUGAUUUACCUGGUAAAACAAUUCGUUCAUCAAUGACAUCGGGUAUGAUGAGAACAAGUGCAUCACGUUUAAGUUUAGCUGCAUUGGCCAAUUCAAAUCUAUCAGUUGCAAGUGGUAGUACAACUCAGGCUCUUAUAUCACCUGUAACAACUGCAGAUGUUGGUUUAUCAUCGAAUUCAGCUUUGACAGCUUCUACCCGCGCAUCGUCAACAGCAGCAGCCAUUCCACGGUCAUCAACAUUUUCAGCAGGAAUCGAAACACUUUUGGAACGAGAAAAAGUUGAAGAAUUUCGCACCGAUAAUGAUCGCAACCUCGUGGCUAAAUGUAUUAAAUUAAUACAAUUUCAUAUACCAUCACAACCGGCACCAAUAUUUCAGACACCACCACCACCACCAGGUUCAUCAACUAAUCUAUUACGGACACCAACCGAAUAUUUUCCCGGAUCAAAUGUAUCAACACCAGAUGGCGGUGGUGUUACACCUGACAUAUCAGGUUUAGCUGUUGAAUCUUGGUUUGAACAUGAAAAAUUAUCAUUCACAGUUGCCGCCAAUCAUUCACAACAUUAUCAUCAUCAACAACAACAGCAGCAGCAGCAACAAUCAACAUCGAUACAUAGCCAUAGUAAUAGUCCAAUGGGUGAUAUAUCACCAUCAUCAUCUUCGACUAAUAAUAAUUUAUUCGUACCGGAAAUUGAAGAAGUUCGCGUCUCGUCUAUUAUAUCGAAAAAAGGUUAUAUUAGCUGUUUGAUGGCAAGUGAAUAUUCAUCAUCCACAACGAAUCAACCACAACAACAACAACAACAGCCAACACAAUGGCAAAAACAAUGGAUAGUUGUACGUAGGCCAUACAUGUUUAUAUAUCGUGAUGAUAAAGAUCCUGUUGAACGAUCGGUUAUAAAUCUAACACAAGCACGUGUUGAAUGUUCUGAACAGCAGCGACAAAUGUUAUGUGUUGAGAAUGCAUUCUCAGUAGUCACUCGUCAUGCUGGUUAUCUAUUUCGUACAACAACAGCACGUGAAAUGUAUAAUUGGCUUUAUUCCAUAAAUCCACUUUAUGCUGGACAAUUAAUGUGUGAAUGGGCACGUGCACAUCAUGCCGCUACUACCACAAAUAAUUUGGAACAAAAUUUUCAACUUGCAAAUCCACCAUCACCAUCCACAACCAAACAACAGCAACAAAAUGAUAGUUCUGGAUCGUUUAACGAUAAUUCAGAGAAAAGUCAACUUCAAAAUUCAUCAUUAUCAACGAAAGGUGUGGAAAUUUAUAAAAAUUUUUGUUCAGAACAACAACAAGAAUCGACAACCACAAAUCAACAACAACAACAACAACAUCAUUGUAAUAUUAGUAGCCAAUAA